AUGAGUCUCCGCGACCUGGUCGAGGGCGAGGCGAUGCUGGAUGACGAGGAGAACGAGGGGCAAGCGAAUGACGACUACGACGGCGAAGUGCGCGACGGUGCCGGAACCGUCAAUCACUACGACGACUCGAGCGAGGAGGAUGAUGAGGAAGAGGACGACGAGGAGGCUGCGCGCGCGGUUCGCGAAGGUUUCAUCGUCGAUGAAGAUGAAGAGAUCGAGGAACGCCGGAGGCGCCGAAGGGACAGGAAGCACAAGCGACCUCGCGAGGAGGAGCAUCUGGACGAGGAAGAUCUGGAGCUCAUUGGCGAACAUGUUCCUGGUCUGAAUCGUCAGGCGGCGACUGAGUCCAAGUUCAAGCGUCUGAAACGAGGCAAGGACCGCGACCUCCCCCAACCGUCACAGGGCAUCGAUGAUAUCUUCAAUUCGGACGAGGAAGAGGAGGCACCGCAGUAUGAUCGACCCGGGCAACGUCGCGGCAUGCGCGACGAGUUUGACGACUUCAUCGAGGCAGACACAUUCUCCGAUGAGGAGGCCCAGCAGGAACGGGACGACCUGGAAGUGGCGGCCCCUGUGCGAAGGGAUGUGACCGGGCUGGGUGCCACGGAAGCGGCCGGUUUGGACGAGAAUGCUCUUGAAGACAUGCGCGCAGCCUUUGGUGAUGGCACCGAAUACGAGUUCGCUUUGCAGAUGGAAGAGCAGGAGGAUGAAGACAAGGCAGAAGAAGAGAGGCGCUUGGAUUUGAAGGACGUCUUCGAGCCAUCCGAGUUGGCUGAAAGGAUGUUGACGGAGGAGGAUAACGAAAUCCGUCUCCUAGAUGAGCCCGAACGCCACCAGGUCGCCCGCAAACCAUACAAGCAUGUGACGCUGUCAGAGGACCAGUUCCGUGAGGAAGCGAUUUGGAUCUCGAAUUUGCUGUUGCUCAAGAAGCGCAUGGAGCCCGAGCUGCACGAGCCCUUCCAGCGCUCGGUGGCGAAGAUGCUGGAAUUCCUGGUCACGGAUGAUUGGGAAGUUCCGUUCAUCUUCCAGCAUCGCAAAGACUACAUGAUCCACGCUGUCAAGGAGCCAGUCAAUGGAGCAGGCCCGGGUGACGAUUCCGCCCAGUACAACAUCCGCGCUGAGAAGCUGCUGAACAUGACGGAUCUGUGGGAUAUCUUCGACCAUGAUCUCAAGUUCCGCGCACUGGUGGAUAAGCGCAGCACGAUCCAGAAGACCUACGACAGUCUGCAGAACCUGUUCACUGUCAACGAUCCCAUUGUGGAUGAUCUGUUGAUUGCAGCGGCAUCCAUGGAGGAGCUUCAGGAUGUGCAAGACUACAUUCACUUCCAGUAUGCCUCUCAGCUGCGCGAUAUGUCCAUGGUGAAUGGAGACACGAAUGGAGAGCCACACCGACGAAAGGCCACAGGCAAGACCUUCUUUGAGCGGGUGCGAAACGCCAAGGCCUACGGUUUGGUGCGUGCCUUUGGCAUUACCGCCGAUGCUUUCGCACAGAAUGCCUCCAAAGAAGGACGUCGGCAAUACACUGAGGACCCGAGUGAUCGGCCGGACGAGCUGGCGGACCAGUUUGUCGACAACGAUUUCUCCAACAGCACGCAUGUCAUGAAAGCUGCAAAGAACAUGUUCGCCGAAGAGCUGGUCUCGAGUCCCAAAAUGCGGAAAGUGAUUCGCCAGGCCUACUACAUGAACGGAGUCGUCGACUGCCAUCGCACGGAGAAAGGUCUACGCCGGAUCGACGAGCAACACCCCUACUAUGAAUUCAAAUACCUCCGGAACCAGCAGCUCAGUGACAUUGCCCGUCGCCCUGAGAUGUUCUUGCGGAUGUUGAAGGCCGAGGAAGAAGGUCUGAUGGAGGUUCGGGUGCGCUUCGAGAACUUCGACCAGUUCCGCUCGCGUCUGUACUCCGACAUUGAGUCGGACAACUACAGUGAGAUUGCCGACGCCUGGAAUCGUGCGCGCCGGGAUGUGCUGGAUCUGGCACUCGGCAAGCUGGAGCGGCUGAUUAAUCGCAGCGUCAAGGAGAACAUCCGGCAAGAAUGCGAGAACCAUGUCGCCAAGGAGUGCCGUGAGGCGUUCUCACAGCGGUUGGAUCAGGCCCCUUACAAACCCAAGGGCAUGGUGCUGGGUACUGUGCCCCGGGUCCUUGCUCUAUCUACCGGAUCUGGAGUUGUCGGCCGCGAUCCCAUCCACUGGGCCUACACCGAGGAGGAUGGUCGCGUGCUCGAAAACGGCAAAUUCACAGAUUUGUCUCUUGGAGAUCAAAGUCGUGGCAUUAACGACGGUGAGCAUGUGGCUGCAUUCGUGGAUCUGGUGGAACGGCGUCGUCCAGAUGUGAUUGGUGUCUCAGGCAUGACACCGGAGACUCGCCGGCUGUACAAACUCCUGUCCGAGAUCAUCGACCUGAAGGAUCUUCGUGGAGCGCCUUACACAGAUGACCGCGAUGAAGAGGUCAGCGACCCCUUGGAGGUUGUGAUCGUUAACGAUGAGGUGGCCCGUCUGUAUCACAACAGCCCUCGUGCUAGACGCGACAACCCGGGCUUCGGCAGCCUAACCCAUUACUGCGUUGCUCUUGGUCGGUACCUGCAGAGCCCUCUUAAGGAGUACGCUUCCCUUGGUCGUGAUAUUGUCUCGAUUCAGUUCAAACCAGGCCAGCAACUGGUGUCACAGGAUUUGCUACUGAAGCAGCUGGAAACCGCUCUAGUUGAUAUGGUGAACCUGGUGGGCGUCGAUCUGAACGAGGCCGUAGCCGACAGUGCGACGGCCAAUCUUCUUCCGUACGUCUGUGGACUAGGUCCCCGGAAGGCGGCGCACUUGCUCAAGAUCGUCAACAUGAAUGGGGGCGUUGUGAAUAAUCGCGUGGAACUGCUGGGUGUCAACGCGCAGUACCCAGCCAUGGGAGUCAAGGUGUGGAACAACUGCGCCAGCUUUGCCUACAUUGAUUUUGAGAAUGCCGAUCCCGACGCCGAUCCUCUGGACAACACCCGUGUGCAUCCUGAAGACUAUGACAUUGCACGCAAGAUGGCUGCUGACGCAUUGGAGCUGGACGAAGAAGACAUCAAGGCUGAGACGGACGAGAAUGGCACCGGUGCGAUUGUGCGGAAACUGUUCCGGGAAGAGGCGCAGGACCGUGUCAACGAUCUAAUCCUCGAAGAGUAUGCAGAGCAGCUGGAGAGGAACCUCAACCAACGCAAGCGCGCAACUCUGGAAACGAUCCGUGCAGAACUACAACAACCCUACGAGGAGCUGCGCAAGCAGUUUGUCUUCCUCAGCACCGAUGACAUCUUUACUAUGCUCACCGGCGAAACCCCUGACUCGCUGACUCCCGGCAUGGUGGUGCCCAUAUCCAUCAAGCGGGUGUUUGAGGACCACAUCGAUGCCAAACUGGACUGUGGUGUCGAUGCGCUUGUCGCCGAGACCGAGCUUGGACUGCCCUACGACGUUCCAGUGCGCAACGCCUAUGCAAUCCACCAGACAAUUCCGGCCAAGAUUCUCUUCCUGAAUCGAAAGGGUUUUACAUGCAAUGUAUCCCUGCGUGAGGACCAGGUCAGCCACCCGGCUCGUCGUGGCAAUGAUCAUGGCUUUGGCGAUUGGGACGAGGUUCAGGAACGAGAGGACCGGGAGUCCCAACAGGAGAAGACGCAGCGUGGCGGCCAGGCGAUGCGUGUUAUCAAGCAUCCGCUUUUCCGACCGUUCAACGCCACACAAGCCGAGGAAUUUCUGGGCUCUCAAAGCCCCGGCGAUGUUGUUAUCCGUCCGUCGUCUCGGGGUCCAGACCAUCUGGCAGUUACUUGGAAGGUCGCGCAAGGUGUGUACCAACACAUCGAUGUCCUCGAGCUGGACAAGGAGAACGAAUUCUCGGUUGGUCGCGUUCUCAAGGUUGGUGGUCGGUACACCUACAGCGAUUUGGACGACUUGAUCGUCAACCACGUCAAGGCGAUGGCCAAGAAGGUCGACGAGAUCGUGCAUAACGAAAAAUAUCAAGACGGUAGCAAGGCUGAGACCGACCAGUGGCUCGAAACCUACACGCGGGCCAAUCCCCGUCGCUCGGCCUAUUCGUUCUGCAUCAACCCCAAGUAUCCGGGUUAUUUCUAUCUCUGCUUCAAGGCGGGCGAGCACUCCCGACUCCAGAACUGGCCUGUGAAGGUGAUUCCCCAGGGCUACGAGUUGCAGAAGAACCCUUACCCCGACAUGCAGGCGCUGUGCAACGGCUUCAAGUUGAUGUUCACGAACAUGCAGGCCAGCCGGCGGUAA